AUCAGUGAUUAUUCCACACCGCUGUACGACGGACGUGUUACAAAUUAUUUUUUUAAUGUUGGCAACAUCGUUCGGUGUCAAUAAACCUUUGUGCCCACGUGUAAGUGGACAAGUGAUAUAGUGGUCUCUGUUUUUGAGGUGUUCAGUGAAUUCGUCACCCUGGAUUUCUCAGACGAUCCGUCGCGGUGCGUGAUGCGCGCGCCCGCACCCGGCGCGUCCGUGGCGGCGGUGGCUCUCUGGUCACAGUCCCCUGCCGCUAACCAAGCGGACUACUCACCCAGGGUAGCCCCCACACAUCAGCACCCUGUGUUCCCUUACGACAAUGAAAUCAACUCUAGGUUUGCGAUAUGGCAUGGUGACAUAACGUCUCUGGAAGUGGACGCCAUAACCAACACGACAGAUGAAACUCUCACUGAAUGCAACGUGGUCAGCGACCGCAUCAUGAUGGGCGCUGGGCCUGAUCUCAAAGAGGAAAUCAUCACGAGGGGUUAUGAAUGCCGGACGGGCGAGGUAGUGGUGACGCCCGGGUUUGCUCUGAGGUGCCGGCACAUCAUACACACCGUGAGCCCGAAAUACGUAGCCAAAUACCACACGGCUGCCGAGACUUCGUUACAAAAUUGUUACAAGAAUGUCCUAUACAAAGCGGGUGAGCUGGGCGCGCGGUCCCUCGCUCUGUGCAUCAUCAACUCUCCGCGAAGAAACUUCCCCCCAGAUGUCGCCGCUCAUAUAGCUCUUAGAACGAUCCGGCGCUACCUGGAGCAGAACGCGCAGCCGCGGCUGGUGAUCGCGAGCGGCGCGUGCGCGGCCGGCGCGGCGCUGCUGGCCGCGCUCGCGCCGCUCUACUUCCCGCGCGCGCCGCACGAGGCGGAUGCGGCGAGAUGGCGGCUCGCGCCCGACCCCGCGCCGGAUCGAAGGAUCAGGAUUAUUCACAAUCCGCACUCGCAGAACUCCGAUAGCGCGGAAGACGAUACGUCUCUUUGUGAUGAGGAUGCGGCGGUAGAAGCGGCUGCGGCCUUUGCGCGCGCGUGCUCGCCCGACACGCAGCGGUUACUGGCGCCCGCAAGCAGACCGGCGCCUUACAUCGACAGGCGGUUGCUGGAUGACCACGAGCAAUACGACCGUCUACUCCGCAGGGCCAAGAACGAGGAUCUGAGUGAAGUCUCCGGCAUCGGCUGCCUCUACCAGAGCGGGGUAGACCGCCUCGGCAGGCCCGUGGUCGUCUUCAUCGGGAAGUGGUUCCCCAUUGGAGACAUCGACUUAGAUAAGGCUCUUUUAUACCUGAUCAAACUGCUGGACCCCAUUGUGAGAGGAGACUACGUUAUCGCAUACUUCCAUACCCUGGCGUCGUCUGCCAACCACCCCCCCUUCUCCUGGUUGAAGGAAGUUUACACCGUACUGCCUUACAAAUACAAGAAGAACCUGAAAGCGUUUUACAUCGUACACCCGACGUUUUGGACAAAAAUGAUGACGUGGUGGUUCACGACGUUCAUGGCGCCCGCCAUCAAGGCCAAGGUGCACAACCUGCCCGGCGUGGAGUACCUCUACAGCGUCAUGGCGCGCGACCAGCUCGAAGUGCCCGCUUUCAUCACCGAAUACGAUAUGACGAUAAAUGGACUCCAUUACUUCCAACCGGAUACGAACAAUACGUAAGGCGCAGGCGCCUCUUGUUAGCUGCUUGUUGUUAUAGCGCGUUUGAACGGCCUCGAAACACCACGAUCACCUUUAUAACUCAUUCAUAUAACGUAAAUCCAUAUUUGAACUAUAAAGGUAUCAUGGACAAAAAAAAAAUUUCAUUUGUGAAAACUACCAAUAUGGUAGUUUUUCACAAAUGGCAACAUUAGAAACGAUUUUCCACGGCCGCUGUUAUGGUUUUUGGUGGGAUUUCUAUCCAAUUUUUAUGCAUAAUAAUUACUUAUUUGCCUAUAUUUUAUGAGAUGUUACAUGACUAUUUAUAAUCGCUAGCAUAUCAUUUUGUGACUGGCUCGGCUAGAAAGUAGAAUUAUUUAACAAUACCUACUCGUCUAAUUGUAUAAAAAUUCCACAAGAAACACCUUUUGAUUGUUGAAAGUAUAUAUCAUGUAACUUAGUAUUAGAGGUGCAUUUUUAUAUUACUUAUUUAAUUAUAAUUAAGGAAAAAUACAUAUGUCGUUUGACGUCUGCAUCAUUAUUAUGCAAACCCCAAAUAAUUAAUACCCCACAUAUUAAGGUGUCUAAUUUAUGUUUCUAAGAACUUUACAGUAUUUUAUCUACUUACCAAAAUGUAUACUAACAAUGUUGCAAACUUUAAAAUACUUGCUGUUUUUUAUUCCAUUUUCCACAUCUUAUUAAUUAUUACGAAUAACAUGUAGACCUUACCCUUGCAAUUCAUUAUUUCUGCUUUGCAAAUUAUAUUAUGCUAUAUCUACAAAGAUGUACUACAAUAUGCACUUAUAUCUUUCAAUACCCAUUUGACACCAAAUAAUCCUGCCACAGGGUAAUUCGUGUUUCGUCAUAGGUAACAUUAAAACUUGAACCGUGUGGUUUAUAUUAAUUUCUACAAAAGUUUAUGUCUAAUUUCCAGCCUUUAUUGGUUUGUAGAGGAAUAUUUUAUAGUUAAAUGGUGCUUGAUGAGUCGACAUAUGAGAUUUUUAAUUUUACAUUAGGUGUUCGAGUGUAGGCUUAAUCGCAAAUGGAUUUUGUCGAAGCGUAAUAUUAAGCUGUUAACAUUUUGCAAUUCCGUGUAAUUAUCCGGACCUCAUGUCUCCGAAACAAUUGGCGUAACUCACGCUUUUUCGCAAGCUCAAAAUUCCCGACCCACGUGAACAAAUAUAAAGUGAGCAAUGUCUAAGGCUGAGAAAAGGAGUAAUAAAUAAUUAUAUGGUAGAUGUUUGCAUUUCAGUAGUGUUGCCAAGUUAUAAACGUUAAAUACCACUGCCCCGAUGCUGAAGUGAAGCAAACGCGAUUACUCGUUACAUGUAAUAGAUACUACGUACCUUUUUGAUAGUUGCUAUCAGAUAAUACAAUCUAUUUUCAAUAAAUACUAGUUAUGAAGGGAAAUCCCCUUGCUAAUUUGGACCGAAAACACGGUACAAAAUAGAUAAGUAUCGUAUUAAAGCAACAGUAUUUUUUCUACAGUCAAUGUGCCACGUUUUAAAGAUUCAAAUUUUUAAACUAUUUGUAGUAAUGUUGCAAUACAGAGUAUGUACUUAUGUCCAAAAGCAGCCUAUGUGUAUGUAAUUUUAACAAUGAGUACUAGGUAAUUAAGAUUUUUCCAAUAUUACGUUGUUUACGAUCUUUGUCUUCAAUAUCUUUCAAGAGCAAUUUAUUAGGGUGUGAUGUGUAUAGUGAAAAAAAUUGCUAAUUGUUAAUAAUUGUUGCAACUUUGAAGUGUAUGUUUAAACGAGGCUUCAGGGUCUGCUAAUGUUAAACAUUUUAUAAGAAUAAAGUUGUAAAAUGUUUUCACUGUGAAUUAUUAUCACUGGUAUGACUAGGCAGACUUUAUUUGUUACCAAAAUUUGGGGAAUAGAAAACAUCAUUGACUUAAAGAAAUAUAAAAUAAAUAUUUCUUCACAGACAUUUUUCUUUAUGUUGUUAGGAAAGUGCUUUUUUAGCUAUUGUGUUACGAUCUAUAAUAAUUCUCGAAUUCCCUCAAAUUUAAGGAAAUAUAGACUGCCUAAUCAUAUUACUGAUUACCAUGCACUAGAGGACUUUAAAACUAUAUCAACAAGGCCUUAGAUGUGUUAACUAUUGUUAUUUUUAUCAUCUUUGCUUUGCAAAGUAUAUAACUGUUGACAUCUGUAGGAGUUAUAGAAGUGACAGACAGUCAGUCAUCAAAAAUAUUUUAAGAAUGCUAAUUUAGGAGUUACGUGAAAAAUGUGAUCAAGCGAAGUGUUAGUUAAGUUUCAUAUUUUAUUAUUAAAUAGAUUGUUAAAUAGGCUAUGUAAAUAUUUAAACAAAUAAAAAAUAAAAUUAUUAAUUUACUAA